AUGAUGCGCCUGGCGGCCGAGUUGCUACUGCUGCUGGGAUUGCUGCUGCUCACGCUGCACAUUACAGUGUUGCGCGGCUCCGGGGCCGUCGACGGGCAGGACGCGGCCGCAGGCAACAGUAGCCGGGCCCAGCUGCAGAAUAACCUCAAUGUGGAAAGUGAGUCUACAUCAGAAACUAGCUUUCCUGUCUCCAAAGAAGAGCCCAGGGAGCCUCCAGAUCAUCAAGUUGCACAAAGACCCAUCCCCAGACAGCGAUUCCGGCAAGACUCUGGCCACCCUUCAUUGCAAAGAGAUGGUCCCAGGUCCUUUCUUCUUGAUCUACCAAACUUUCCAGAUCUUUCCAAAGCUGAUAUCAAUGGGCAGAAUCCAAAUAUUCAGGUCACCAUAGAAGUGGUCGACGGUCCUGACUCUGAAGCAGAUAAAGACCAGCAUCCAGAGAAUAAACCCAGCUGGUCAGUUCCAUCCCCUGACUGGCGGCCCUGGUGGCAGAGGUCCUUGUCCUUGGCAAGGGUGAACAGCGGGGAUCAGGACUACAAGUAUGAUAGUACCUCAGAUGACAGCAACUUCCUCAACCCUCCCAGGGGGUGGGACCGUCCGGCCCCAGGCCACCGGACUUUUGAAACCAAAGAGCAGCCAGAAUAUGAUUCCAUGGAUGGUGAGGGUGACUGGAGUCUCUGGUCUGUCUGCAGUGUUACGUGUGGGAAUGGUAACCAGAAAAGGACCCGGUCUUGUGGCUAUGCAUGCACUGCUACCGAAUCGAGGACAUGUGACCAUCCAAACUGUCCAGGAAUUGAAGACACUUUCAGGACAGCUGCCACUGAAGUGAGUCUGCUUGCGGGAAGUGAGGAAUUUAAUGCCACCAAACUGUUUGAAGUCGACACGGACAGCUGUGAGCGGUGGAUGAGCUGCAAAAGUGAGUUCUUAAAGAAGUACAUGCACAAAGUCAUCAACGACCUUCCCAGCUGCCCCUGUUCCUACCCUACAGAAGUGGCCUAUAGCACAGCAGACAUCUUUGACCGCAUCAAGCACAAGGACUUCCGCUGGAAGGAUGCCAGUGGGCCCAAGGAGAAGUUGGAAAUCUACAAGCCUACGGCCCAGUACUGUAUCCGAUCCAUGCUGUCCCUAGAGAGUACCACCCUGGCUGCCCAGCACUGUUGCUAUGGUGACAACAUGCAGCUCAUCACCAGGGGCAAAGGGGCCGGGACGCCCAACCUCAUCAGCACCGAGUUUUCAGCGGAGCUCCACUACAAAGUGGACAUUCUGCCCUGGAUUAUCUGCAAGGGUGAUUGGAGCAGGUAUAAUGAGGCUCGGCCUCCCAACAAUGGACAAAAGUGCACAGAGAGUCCUUCAGAUGAAGAUUACUUUAAGCAAUUCCAAGAGGCCAGGGAGUAUUAA